AGCACAGUCAUACUUUUCAUUUUGAUCCUCUAAUAUAUUAUUACAUCUUAACGUCUUGAAGGAUCCGCGAUCAAAGUCAAAUCCUGUCGCCGGUUUUAUCGUACCGACACGAUGCGGCCAAUUGUGAUAGCAUUACUCUUGCUAUUUUGCGACCUUACCGCAGCCGUGACAUUUGACAUUUCUCAAGCCAUCUCGCCUAGCACGUUCAUAAACACGCGGAAUAGCAAGGAACAGCCCAAUAGCGCCAAAUUCAAUCUCGAUGCCGACCUUAAUACGGUGCAAAUGAUAAGAAGAGCUGGUUAUCCCGCGGAGGCUCAUAUUAUACAAACGCAGGACGGUUAUCUUUUAACACUUCAUCGUAUCCCAGGUAAUAAGGAUCAGCUACCCGUGUUGUUGCAGCAUGGUUUGUUAUGCAGCUCUGCCGACUGGGUCAUUGCCGGCAAGGAUAAAGGGCUUGCUUUUAUAUUGGCUGAUCAGGGCUAUGACGUUUGGUUGGGCAAUAUUCGUGGAAAUACCUACUCAAGAGCGCAUGUUUCUUUAUCUCCAUCAGAUUCAAGAUUUUGGAAUUUCAGUUUUCAUGAAAUGGGUGUCUAUGAUUUACCUGCAAUGAUUUCGUAUAUCACGAAUACCACGUCACAUCCAUUACACACGUACAUUGGUCACUCGAUGGGCACAACUGCUUUUUAUGUGAUGGCAGUGGAACGUCCAGAAAUUGCUCAAAGAGUGCAAAUGAUGAUUAAUCUCGCACCUGCAGUUUUUGUGAACCAUAUGAAAAGUCCAAUACGAUAUCUUACUUCCUACAUAAACGAUUUUGAGAUGAUUGCAAAGUUCUUCGGCGAAAACGAGUUUCUGCCGCACGACAGUGUGCUGCAUUAUCUGUCUAAGUAUGGCUGUGAGAUGUUUAAUAUUGAGGAAGAGAUCUGCGCCAACAUACUAUUCCUAAUCUGUGGAUUCGACAAAGAACAGUUCAACUAUACGCUGCUACCAGUCAUUCUGAAUCACGACCCAGCCGGCGCUUCGACCAAAACGAUCAUACACUUUGGCCAGGAAGUCGUAUCGGGCAAAUUUCGUAGAUACGAUUAUGGAUACGAAAAAAAUUUGCUAAUUUACAACGCAACGGAACCACCAGACUACGAUCUAGCAAAUAUCACCGUGCCAGUUGCGAUAUUCUAUGCCGAUAAUGACUGGUUGGUUAACAGUGUGGAUGUGAAGAAACUUUACCGCCUGUUACCCAACAUAUUAGAUAUGUAUAGAGUGCCGUUUCCUAAAUUCAAUCACCUGGAUUUCAUCUGGGGCAAGGACGCGCUUAAACUCGUGUACAAGAGACUGCUUGAAAUUAUGAAGAAAUUUUGA